GAUUUGCUUUCAGUUUAGGAAAAACAGCAAACCAGUCAUAUUCGAAUUGGUCAAUAAUUAACAUUUUAAGUAAGCAGCCUUAACAGCAGCAACCGUAGGCCUAUUGCUCACCUAUUCGUUACACUCCUUGGUUAGUGAACGAGAUCUCAUUUGAGUCUCUCGAAACUGGUUGGACGAGACCGCACCUGAGGGAAGAAAAAGGAAGGCGGUGAAACUCAGGUGUUCAUUCUAAUCGGUGCUUUGUGCUGAACGGACACAAAGCCAACGAAGAUUUUCUUUUAAUCGUUGAUAUUAAGGUUAACCCUACUUUUAACUAUGAAGCUUUGGAUUGCUGCUCUUCUCGUGGCUUACGCAGUUGGAGCGUAUGCGCAAUGUCCCGAAUCAUGUGAAAGUCUGAAGUGGGCAACCUGUGAUGGACCCCCAUGCCAGUGCACCAUUAUCUUUGGUGAUGAUGUGAAGCAACCUCUGACAUGUGACAAAUUGAUUCCAAAGUGCUUCCUGAUGAAGGCGGAGAUGUACAGAUCCAGGAAAGGCCUUUCCACCCGAACUGGAAUUGGAGGAAAGCCUGUUGAGACUGCCUUUGUGGAUAAUGAUGGCAUUUAUGAUCCAGAAUGUGAGAAUGAUGGGAAGUUCAAGGCAAAGCAGUGUAAUGGCACCGAGGACUGUUGGUGUGUCAACAGUGCUGGUGUCCGCAGAAGUGACAAGGGGGACAAGGACAUUAAGUGUGAGAAGCUGGUUGAGACCUAUUGGAUUCGUCUGCAGCUGAAGCACAAGGAAGUGUCCACUAGCGUCGACAAAGAACAGCUAAAGAGUGCCAUUGGCACAGCCAUCCAGAAUCGCUACAAGUUUGAUAAGAACCUUGUGGAGGAGAUUAAGUAUGACCCAGAGGCGCGUCUGAUUGUGGUCGAUGUGAAAAAGAAGAAGGGAGAGCGUGGCACAGACAUGUCUGGCUUGGCUUACUACAUGGAGAAGGAUGUGAAGGUCCUGCCUCUGUUCAAGGAUCAGACCAAGUUUGAGCCAGUGGUGAAUGGCCAGAAGCUGGAGAUGGAGAACAUCCUGGUGUACUACGUGGAUGAGGAGGCCCCCACCUUCACCAUGAAGAGGCUGACCGCGGGAGUCAUUGCCGUCAUCGUGGUGGUCAUCCUGGCCGUGCUCGCCGGUCUGCUGGUCCUGUUCUUUGCCAGGAGACGGGAGCAGCAGAAGUACAGCAAGGCUGAUCAUAGGGAGAUGGAUGCCAUUCAGACGACUAACUAACCAAGCUGUGCAAGCAGGUUCUUUGCUGGAAAAUGAAAUUGAUUUGCUUCUUGUAUAUUGCUUUUUGAUGCUUGCUUAUUUGUAUGGUGUAUGCCAUUUUUAAAAUUGAUACGGUUACCAACCAGCAGAUUUAUUUAUAAAUGGUUGAUCCUGUGCAUGUCUUUUUAAUGCUGAAAUAUCGCUUACAUUUUACUAGUCAUCAACUAGAUUGAGUCUUGGAUUGUACAGUUUCUUUGUUCUGUUGGAUUAUUUUUAAUAAAAGUUGUUUUAAAAUAA